AAAUCCAUCACCAUGUCUGACGAGCAUCAGGAGACCUUCGAGUCCGCCGAUGCCGGCGCCUCGGCCACCUUCCCCAUGCAGUGUUCCGCUCUGCGCAAGAACGGUCACGUUGUCAUCAAGGGCCGCCCCUGCAAGAUCGUCGACAUGUCUACCUCCAAGACUGGCAAGCACGGUCACGCCAAGGUUCACCUUGUCGCCCUUGACAUCUUCACCGGCAAGAAGUACGAGGAUCUGUCUCCCUCCACUCACAACAUGGACGUCCCCAACGUCUACCGCCGUGAAUACCAGCUCCUCGACGUCACUGACGAUGGUUUCCUCUCCCUGAUGGACGAGGCCGGUAACACCAAGGACGACGUCAAGCUUCCCGAGGGUGAGGUUGGUGAGCGCAUCGAGAAGAUGUUCAGAGAGGAGGAGAAGGACUGCAACGUCACUAUCCUCACCGCCAUGGGUGAGCAGUGCUGCAUGGAUGUCAAGGAGGCUCCCCAGGCCAAGUAA